AUGGCUCCAUAUUGGCAGAAUAAUUCCUGUAAUCCUAUGGUAGCGACAAAUACAGGCACAAAUACAAAUAAUACCGAUACCUAUAAUACCUGUAUUUUAGGAAACCUCGCGUCAUACGCUCUCAACAUCAGUCAUGCAGGAGAUGUCAUUUCCGGGCUUAAAUUCGCACGGGAGAACAAUAUACGACUUACGAUAAAGAACACAGGGCAUGAUUUUCUAGGACGAUCCACCGGUGCAGGUUCAUUAGCUUUAUGGAUGCAUAAUCUUGACGACAUCGACUUUUUUAAUUACAGUAAUAAUGCGCUUUAUACAGUACCUGCAGUUCGCAUUGGAGCCGGGGUUAGAUAUUCUGAUUUGUAUCCUGUGGCGCGAGAGUAUGGGUAUCGUGUUGUUGGUGGUUCGUGUUCUACGGUUGGGAUAGCAGGAGGGUAUACUCAGGGGGGUGGUCAUGGACCCCUCGCCUCGGCAUAUGGAAUGGGAGCCGAUCAGGUAUUAGAGUGGGAGGUGAUAACAGCUUCAGGGCAGCAUUUGAUCGUGUCACCUAUGCAUCAUGCCGAUCUGUACUGGGCAUUGAGUGGUGGGGGGCCCGGAAAUUUCGCGGUAGUGCUUUCGGUGACAGUUCGAGUAUAUAAUGAUGGUCCUGCGGCGGGUGCGGCCUUCAGUGUCGUUAACAACGAUAAUAGCACGACGUAUUGGGCUGCUGUUCAGGCAUGGCUACAAACUCUGCUUGUGCUCGAUACUAUUAAUGGUUUGGCUUCAGUCUCGACGAUCACAGCUAAUAGCUUUUCGCUGAAUUUCACUGCGUUGCCAGAUGUUACAACCACGGAUAGUAUCCACGCUGUCCUCGAACCAUUUUUCACAAAGCUUGGACAACUCAAUCUCUCAAUCGGUAACAGCUACAGAGCCGAAGUCCAUGCUAACUACGCCGAGUUCUACGAUUCAUUUGUUCUGCAAGAAUUAUAUACUAGCAACAUCACGGUCGGCGGUCGGAAUGUUCCACGUUCGACAGUGCGAGAUAAAGCCACUGGCCUUCCAGCGCUCAUUGACGUUUUCCGCAAAAUCACAGAUGGCGGCGGAAUAAUAGUCUUGGCUGCAACCAACGUCGCACACAAGAACUACACUUCCAAUGCCCUACUGCCGUCUUGGCGUGAUGCGCUAUUCUCCGUGGUACAUAUGAAACCGCUGGCCGAGAACGCUGAACUCGAGGAUAUCCGCAGAAACCAGGUACAACUCAAUACAUGGCAGGAUAUGCUGCGCGAUAUCACACCUGGGGGAGGUGCCUAUAUGAAUGAAGCAACAUGGGACAAUGUGCAUUGGAAGGCUGACUAUUUUGGAUCAAAUUACGAGGCAUUGCUAAAAGUGAAGGAGAAGUAUGAUCCGGAGUUUUUCUUUUGGGCAAAUGCGGCAGUUGGUAGCGAUGUAUAUUGGAAGGUCGGUGAAAACGGAGCAUUGUGUCGUGUUUGA